UACCUCAAGGUUAGGCUUUUCCCAGUUAGAAUGAAACAAUAAUUUUAAUAAUAUUAAACGUGCGACUGGGUGAAUCACUCGGGAUUACAAAUAAACACGAACGGAUUGGUCAUUAACACCACUUCUCUGGUUUGCAAUAGCAGCAUUAGAACUGCAAUGUCAUAUAAUUUUGCCAAGCACAACAGGAAAAGGUACGUGUCAUGGUUCUUUGUACUAUCAUUCACUUGCAAUGUAGCUGAAUCUACGAUCCGUUAUUCGAUUCCUGAGGAAAUGGAAGUAGGAUCUAUUGUUGCAAAUGUAAUUAAUGAUUUGGGACUUGAUGCUACCAGUCUUGCUGAACGCGAGCUCCGGAUCGACCUCAUCUCCAGCAAGCAGUACCUGGGGGUUGAUAAAGGCACCGGGGACUUGUAUAUCACAGACAGAAUAGACAGAGAACAGUUGUGUGGACCGAAAUAUAUUUGUUUUCUGAACCUGGACGUUAUUAUUAAAAACCCACUUAAAAUCUACACUGUUGAAUUAGAAAUUACAGACGUGAAUGACAAUGCGCCUCAUUUCUCUUUAAAAUCUAUAGAGCUCAAUAUUUCAGAAUCUGCCUUACAAGGAGAGCGGUUUUCUUUGGAGAAAGCUGUAGAUUCCGAUGUUGGAAUAAAUACAAUACAUACAUACCAGCUGAGUGAAAACGAAUAUUUUGGUAUUGAAGUCCAGACCUGGGAAGAUGGUUCUAGAUUUGCUGAUUUAGUGCUCAAAAAGGAUUUAGAUAGAGAGAAGAAAGCAGUUCACAAUUUAAUUCUGACCGCCACUGACGGCGGAACCCUUGAAAAAUCUGGCACUGUUAAUAUCAUUGUCAGUGUUCUGGAUAACAAUGAUAAUGCUCCUCAGUUUGAUCAGCAAAUAUACACAGCGAACAUAAGCGAAAAUGCUUUAAUUGGAACUCUUGUCAUUAAGCUAAAUGCUGCAGAUUUAGACGAUGGAUUAAACGGAGAGAAAGUGUAUUCAUUUCGAAGAUACACGUCGGACAAGACACCGAAUAUGUUCACCUUGGGUUCAAAUAAUGGAGAGAUCAGAGUCAAAGGGACGCUAGAUUUUGAAGACCUGAAUGUUUUUGAAAUGUAUGUGCAAGCUCAAGACAAAGGAUCGAGUCCAAUGGUGGGGCAUUGUAAAGUGGUGAUACACGUUACUGAUCAAAAUGACAAUCAUCCUGAAAUUACGAUCAAAUCUCUUUUGAGUCCAAUCCCAGAAAACAUAACUCUAGGUACAGUAAUAGCGCUUAUCAGUGUAACAGAUAUGGAUUCAAGUGAAAAUGGCGAGGUUGACUGCCAGAUCUCUGAAAGAUCGACCUUUACAUUGCAAAAGUCUUCAGAUAUUUUUUACGCGCUUGGAGUUGCAGAACCUUUGGAUCGUGAAGUUGUUCCCGAGUAUAACAUCACCAUCACCGUCACAGACAGGGGUGUACCGCCUCUGUCAAACAACAAAACCAUCACGCUGGAACUUUUAGAUGUGAACGACAACCCACCAGCAUUCGAAAAGCCUUCCCACACUAUUUCAAUCAUAGAAAACAAUGCUCCAAGUGCCCUAUUAAGUGCUGUCACUGCCUUCGACCCAGAUUUAGGCAAAAACAAACAGAUCAAGUAUUCCAUACUCGAGAGCAAGAUCUUAAAUAUAUCAGUGUCUAAAUACUUUUCCAUUAACCCAGACAACGGCAACAUUUACGCACUGCAAUCUUUUGAUUAUGAAAAAGAAAAGGAGUUUAAUUUUCAUGUCGAAGCCAUGGAUUCUGGUUCUCCACCACUGAGCAGCAAUGUUACUGUCACUGUAAUAGUUCUAGAUCAGAAUGACAACAGCCCAGUUAUUGUUUCACCUUGGCGCUCACAUGGAUCGGUAGCUGAGGAUAUGAUACCAAGAUCGGCUGACAAAGGAUACCUGGUUACAAAAGUGAUUGCCAUUGAUGCGGAUUCUGUCCAGAACUCGUGGAUAACCUACUACCUCCUGCAAGUAACCGAUCCGACCUUGUUUAUCAUAGACCGCUACACUGGAGAAACCCGAACCCUGAGGCGAUUCAGUCAAAGAGAUUCUUAUAAACAAAGACUAGUUAUUCUCGCACGGGAUAACGGAGAACCCGCACUGUCAUCCACAGUUACCAUCAAAUUAUCAACGAUGGACCCGGAUUCAAAAGCUUUAUCUGGGAUGACCGACAUACCUUCAGGGUAUGAUUACUUUAGUGAUUUAAAUCUGUAUUUGAUCAUCGGGUUGGCUUCAAUUACAUUUCUAUUCCUGAUAACUAUUAUAGUGUUUAUCGUGUUGAAGUGCCAGAGUGCUGAUCACAAGAGUGCACACCCUCCCUGUAGGAACAGUUACCACAGCGAAAGAAAUUCUAUGAACUCUCAACUGCGCCCGGAUUCCACCUUGAUUUCCAGCGAUGCCUACUGGCACAGUCUGUUCGUAGCAGAAUCAAGGAAAGGGAAGGUGCUUCUUAGACAAUCUGUACCCAACGGGUCUGGUUAUAUUGUUUCCAGUUUACCAAAGAAUGGACAACCCAAAGAUUCCAACGACACAGUCCAGUCAACACCCCAGGAUCCCUCCAGAGGUUUCCCAUGAGGCCAGUGUCCUGCUGGAAUGUCAUCAGGCGGGGUUGGCUGGCCAUGACGGACCAUCAUCCAAGCUGGCAGCUCCCCUGAAGACAUGCAGAGCUGUUCAGCGUUCUGCAAUAAUGCACCGCCACACCAUUGCUCACCCACCUUCCCAUUGCUUUCCUUGGAAAGCACACUAUCAAGCAUGAUGCUGCAUGACUGACGUGGAACUAACUUUCAUCAAAAACAAAAGUCACACGUUGCCGUUGCUGUUGAACCCAGCAAUUGAUUACAAAUAACAUUUAAAAAUGACAAUCACACCUGUUUCCCAUAUCACAAACCUUCUUUACUGCUUAAAUGUAUUUAAGGCAAUAAGAAGAUGGUAAGGUAUUGUAAUGCCAACACAUCAUAUCCUUAAUGUAACGUACUGUAUAUUAUGGUCAUGUAUAAUUUAUGGUAUAAUUAGGAGCAGAUUGUUUUUAAAAAUGAAGUUUGCCUGUCAUUAAACCUCUGUAGACUGUGGUUAAAGAAGCCAACAACAGCCUUAAGUUUCCUGAAUAUCAAACUUAAUUUAGAUCAUCAAAACAGACUUGAUAUAAUAGUGUUUAAAUAGAAUAUAUCCCACAGUAUCAUUUUGUGAGUCAGACGUUCAAAUGUGAUUAUGUAGUACAUUUAACUGUGCAAUAGUCUUAAAAAGAGACAAAAUCCCAUCAUGUUGUAAAUCUAUGCAGACCUACUUAAUAACUUUUUUUUUUAAAUUGAAUUGGUCCGAUACAAAAAUGAUAAUGUUCGACAUAUAAUCCUUUGAGGUGUCUGUUUAUGAUCUAUAAAGUGACUGUUAAACUUGUAGAUAAAAGCGGUUUAUUGCAUAUCUUUCCUGUUUUAUGUAUGUGUGACAAGUCCAACACCUUAAUGUUUAGUGAGCUAAGGGUCAAUAUUUAGGUGGGCAAAGAUUGAAGUUUAAUGGAAAUGCAUAGAUAUUACCAAAGUAAAGCACAAUUCCAAGAUGUCAUGUAUAUUAUUUGAAAAAGAAAUAAAGCUACAGAC